UUACCCAACAAAAGACCAUACCUAUUUGUUUUGUCUCUAAUCAUGGCAGCCAUUAUGAAAGAUGUAAAAACUGAUGAACUGCCUACUCUCAAGUACCUACACAUCUGCACUUUGUACACAGAUGUUUACAAUGGAGUCAAAGAUCCACCGGAAUGCAAUUCUCACUGGCUAUGUGGAUGCAUAUUGCUUAAUCUGUGAGAAUUUGCUGAGAACAGAGGACAUCUUCAAACACAUCGACAAGCCAAUUCAUAUGAAAAAUCUCCUCUCCUCUCCUUAUGUGAACAAGUAUAAGGGUGAAUAUAUAAGAAAGGUAAAGCAAGGGUACUACUGUGAAUUUUGCAACAUUCUCUUCCCAACAACAGCUAAAGUAAACUUACACAUUGCCGAAGCAACCCACAUUCAAAACAAAGGUGCCCCAGUUGUGAAACGCGUUGGAAACUCUUUGAUAGCGUUAAACGACAUUUACAUAAACGAAAAAGCAUGGAAUGGUUUGAUUGAAGACAUUUGCGCAUUGUGCAAUUUAGAGUUUAAUAACGAGAACAUCCAUAAGACAGAGCAAAACCAUAUAUUGAACUUGAUACAGAAGAAAGUCCAGUUUCUCGAUAAAAAGGCUGUUUACAGGAUGGUUGAUAAUGAAUCUUUUCAAUGUCUAACAUGCAAUAUGAUAUUUGCUCUAAGCGCGAUUGAAACUCAUUUCGGCGAAAAUAAUCACAAAAACAUGUUCCAAAAAUGUCGAGAAAACCCAUUUGAGCCAGCAAUAAUUGUGCAACAAAGUGACAAAAAAGCGCUUAAAAAUCUAGACGAUGCAUCAAAGGAAAUUGCCAAUAAGUCAACACUUAAAACACCUAACACACAACAAGCAGAACAGAAUUUGGGUAAUACUAAUAUGAAAACUAACAGAAGUGAACCUAAAUAUGGAAGCAAAACGAAUGUAAAUGCGACAGCAAAGAUGGAGGAAGCAAUGGGACACGUCAUGAAACCUAAUUUUGACCAAAACCAUAAUGACACUGUCAAAUACGGGACCACAGGGGAAGAAGAAGCCCAGAACAUGUCACUUAAUAUAUUAGAUGUUCCAAAAAACUUGAAUCAGACUCUUGCAACAAGUACCCCAACAGAAAGUCAAACAUCAAGAAGAGAAAUAAAUGACGAAAAAGCGCGUAAAAUACACUAUAUACAAAAAGUUGUCAAAAGUGCAAAGCCUAAUGAUACACUGAAUGAAGUCCCUAAGAAGUCAAUACUUGAAACAUUUAACCCAACACAGAUGGAAAAUAAACCAGAUAAAAAUAAAAAUAGUAAUCCAAAAAUCACCACAAGUGAACUUAAACAUGAAAGCAAAACGAAUGUAAAUGCGACAGCAAAGAUGAAGGAAGCGGUGGGCCACGUCCUGAAAACUAAUUUUGACCAAAACCACAAUGAAACUGACAAAAACCAGCCCACAAGGGAAGAAGAAAAAGCUGAGAACGCUACACAAAAUUUGUCAGAAGUCCCCAAAAACUUCAAUCAGACUCUUGCGAUAAAUACCCUUACAGAAAGUAAAAAAGAAACAUCUUCAAGAAGGGAAAUAAAUGACGAAAAAGUGCUUAAAAUAAACCGUGUACAAAAAGUUGUCAAAAGUGCAAAGCCUAAUGAUACAUUGAAAGAAGACCCCAAGAUAUCGACACUUGAUACGUCUAACCCAAAUCAGACGGAAAAGAAAUCAGAUAAAAAUAAAAAUACAGAAACCAACACAAGUGAACAUAAACAUGAAAGUAAAACUAAUGUAAAUGCAACAGCAAAAAUGGAGGAAGCGGUACACAUCAUGAAAACUACUUUUGACCAAAACCACCAUGACAUUGACAAAAACCAGCCCUCAAGGGAAGAAGAAGAAAAAGCCGAGGACGCUAUACAAAAUUUGUCAGAAGUCCCCCCCGAAAACGUAAAUCAGUCUCUUGCAGCAUGUAACCAAACAGGAAGUCCAAAGGAAACAUCUUCAAGAAAGGAAAUAAAUGAUCAAGCUGAAUUUGCUAAUGAACACAAUCUGACAUACAAUGAAGGUAAAGGCAAUGCAUUUUGUCGUUUAUGCAAUGUACGAUUACCAGCGCAUUUGAAAAGUAUGAAGGAACAUGUGAAAGGUACAAAUCAUACAAAUAAAGUAAAGUUGAAAUAUGGAAACAUCGCCAAGAAUAAAAAGGACAAUUUUCCGAAGACUAUUCCAACAGAUAAGUUUCUCAGACAGAUACAUUCAAUUAGGACUCGCCAUGGUCAACAUGUGAUAUUGAAUGACAAGUUUUUCUUGACAUUGCACAGUUAUUCGAUGAUUACGAACAAUAUGAACAUUCUACGCUGUCAAGUUUGCGAAGUGAAUCUUCUUGACGGGAUUGAGCGUCACUUAGACACCAGCACCCAUGAAACUGCCAUAGACAAGACUCCCGUUGUACAGAAAUUGAACGGCGAAUUUGUUAGGGAGGUGCGAUCGGGCUUGUUCCACUGUGGCUUCUGCAAUCUAAUCGUUGGAGUAUGGGAGAAUGUGUCAGUUCACCUGCAGUGCGACGACCAUGUAAAAAACAAGAUAGUAGCUGGCCUCUACCUUAGAGAAUACCUACCUCAAAUAUUGGAGGCUCAAUGGCGGAGACAACUUGAUUUCAAUUUACUCGUAGCGAGUUUAUCCUCGCAUCACCGACAGAGAGGAACAUAUUCGAGAUUCAUGCCAUCGUUCAAAGUAAUUUCCAUUCCACUGAACAACUCGCUCCCGCCGGUGCUUCCACACCCCGAAACAGUUAUGGAAACAAUGGAGUCAAAGCUUCACCAAAAUGCUAUUCUCACUGGGUAUGUGGAUGCAUACUGCUUAAUCUGCGAGAGUUUGCAUAGAGCAGAGGACAUCUUUAAUCAUAUUGACAAGCCGAUUCAUAAGAAGAAUCUUGAUGCUGCUCCUUAUGUUACAAAAUAUAAGGAUGAAUUUAUACGAAAGGUAAAGAAAGGUUAUUACUGUGAACUCUGCAAUAUUGUCUUCACAACAGCAACUAAAGUCAACUUACACAUUGCCAAAGCAACCCAUAUACAAAACAAAGGUGCUCCAGUUCUGAAACGCAUUGGAAAUUCUGUAAUAGCGAUAAACGACAUUUGUAUAAACGAGAAAGCGUGGAAUGGUUUGAUUGAAGACAUUUGCGCAUUGUGCAAUUUAGAGUUUUGUGAUGAGAACAUCCAUAAGACAGAAGAAAACCAUAUACUGAACUUGAUACAGAAGAAAGUACAGUUUCUUGAUAAAAAGGCUGUUUAUAGGAUGGUUGAUAAUGAAUCUUUUCAAUGUCUAACAUGCAACAUGAUAUUUGCUCAAAGCGCGAUUGAAACUCAUUUCAACGAAGAUAAUCACAAGAAUAUAUUCCAAAAAUGUCGAGAAGGAAAAUCUGAGCCACCAAUUAUUGUGCAACAAAGUGACGAAAAAGCUCUUAAAAUACUAGAGCAUGUACAAGAAGUUAAAAAUACAAAUCUUAAUGAUACACCGAAGGAAAUUCCCAAUAAGUCAACACUUAUAAUACCUAACACACAAACAGAACAGAAAUCCGGUAAUAAUAAUACAAAAACCAAUAAAAGUGAAUCUAAAUAUGAAAGCAAAACGAAUGUAAAUGCAACAGCGACGAUGGAGGAAGCGACGGGACAUAUUAUGAAACCUAGUUUUGAUCAAGACCACAAUGAAGAAAAAACCGAGAAUAUUACACAAAAUUUGCCAGAAGUCUCAAGACACUUCGAUCAGUCUCUUGAGGCAAGCCUAAUAGGCAGUCCAAAAGCAACAUCCUCAAGAAAAGGAAUAAAUGAUCUAGCUGAAUUUGCUAAUGAACACAAUCUGACAUACAAUGAAGGUAAUGACAAUGUAUUUUGUCGUAUAUGCAAUGUACGAUUACCAGCGUCCUUAAAAAGUAUGAAGGAACAUGUGAAUGGUAUAAAUCAUACAAAUAAAGUAAAAGAGAAGAUGCUAAAUAUUCCAAAGAAUAAAGCCAUUUCAAAGUAUAGAACCAUUCCAAUGAAUAAGUUUGUCAAACAGUUGUGUGGAUUUAAGGGUCAAUUUGUUGAUCAUGUGGUUGUGAAUAACGAAUAUUGUUUGACAGCGAUCAGUUAUUCAAUGGUUACGCUAACGACCACGCAACGCUGUCAGGUUUGCGAUAUGCAUCUCAAUAAUUCGGAAGAACAUUUGUACUCUUUAAGUCAUAUAAAUGCUUUGGAAAUUACACCAGUUGUGCGGGGUUUGGAUGGGGAGUUUGUUAGGGAGGUGCGUCCUGGCCUCUUCCAUUGUGGAUUCUGCAAUCUAAUAGUUGAAGGAUGGGACAAUGUGUUAGUUCACCUGCAUUGCGACGAACAUAUUAAAAGCAAGUCACUUGCUCGCUAUUGUCUCAAGGAAUUAUUUCCUGACAUAAUGAAGCAUUAAGAGACGAUUUGAUUUCAAGUUACUUCUCGUAACAACGGCAAGGUUCGACAUUUUCUUUUCAUGAUUUCUGUAUGGAGAUAGUUUUAGGUUUAUUACUUUGAAUUAUUUUAUUCUCAAGUUCCUUCGUUUUCGCGAUUGUUAGACAUAGGAAAUGAAACUAUUUUUCCGGAUUUAAAUCGCGGUACCGGAACACAAGGUCCUAUGGGACUGGUUGGUGGUAGUCAACCGUGACCAUGGGACCUGUAAAGUUUGUUUGAAAAAACAGGUCCGAAAAAGUAGUUUCAUUUCCUAUUUUAUUCUUUUUAAAUUUUUUGUAAAUCACAUUUUGGUGCAUCCUUAUUUCAGUGUGCUAGGUGAUUUUCGGUAUGUUAAUCAUAUUGUACUUAAACAUAAAUUAUUAUUAUUAAUAGACUGAUAUUAGUAAAAUGUUAUGUGUGCUAUGGAAUUGCAUGAUUGAAUUCUGCCUUCCCUUUCCCAUCAACAGGGGACUAGACGUAGGCUUGGGUUCCAUAUUGUGCAUAUUUCAAGGAUUCGCACAGUCGCAGGAAGCGACUUAUUUCGCAAACACUGUGAAUUGGGCCUUUUCAAGGCGAGAGUGAAUAGGCAGUAUUUGACAUCUCAACACUCCAUCGUCACUUCCUAUCAGUUGAGAUGGCAACAGUGUUGCUAUUACACCUCCGUGAAACUUCAUGAUCAAAUACUGAAAUUCACACUACCAGCUAACAGCUAGUAGUGCGAAUUUCAGGAUUUGAGCAUAGACCAUGUUACGUUACAACGCCGCGAUUGAAACAGUAAUGUCGAUGCCUUACUUUCUCAAGCUCGUAUCUUAUAAAGACUGAUUGCUCAGGAGAUUUCAAAACCUUUCUAUUUAUUUUAAAUUUCUUAUCAAGGGUGUUAAAUAGGAUGCAUUACUUUAAGAAUAGGCAAGAGCCAGUGUGUGAAUAUGAAGGAAAUGUGAUAUCAGCCUGCAACAUUUGUAUGUACAAUCCAUUCUUUGCAUUUCAGAAAAUUUGUGUUUUAAAAUACGAGUUUGAGAAAGAAAGGCGAUGAUGUGCUAGCCAUAUGACCGCGAUAUCAAUGUGAUGUUACAGCAACAAGUACACUCGCAAAAUAUGAUAUUCGCUUCUAGUUGCCGGCUGCUUUUAUCCGACAUAAGACACACAUUUGCGCGGCGCCUUAACUUUGACGCAAUAUUUAUUACGUUUCAACGAUAUGUUUCUUGCGUAUGGUGACUUCUAGAGUUAUUCGAGGUCCUUUGAUACAGUCUGAAGCUUAGUGAAGGUAUAGUCGACGUCAAAACGAACCGAGAAUUUUAACCAAUAAGUCAUUUCAUAUUACCCGUAUUCAAUGUAAAUAGUGUAUUUAUUGAAAAUAUUAUUGUAAGAGGGUAUUCGUUGGCUGCACUCGCCCGUCGUAUAUAAGUUUAUUAUAAUAUGGGUACCUAUACUGCCCUCCUCGUCAUAACAGUAUAAUGCAUUUUGCUAACUUUCGAAAUAUUGGCGACUUUUAUUUUUCUUUGAAAAAUGUCAAUUGCGCUGAUUUUGCUUAAUAAUAAAACUGAAACGAAAUGAGAUAUAAAAACCGUUUAUAGGGGGUUUUAUAUCUCAUUUCGCUGUUUCUAGAUUUGUUAUAACUCAAUUUUGCUAAAAAAAUGUCGUUACGUUAGUUAUGAUAGGGGGGCACUAGACUUACAUUACUGUUAUUUGUUAUAAUUUUAAUGUUGUACAAUAAAAAAAUA